GAUCGAUGGAGAUAGAGAUUCCCGAGGUCACAAUCAUCAGUCAAACUAUCAAUCGAGACAUCAGCAUCGUUUGUAUCGAACAUCUUCCUCCGUGUUUAGGGAUUACCUCGAAGGUACGAUACCGAUAUCGGCAUCCAUGCUCCCUCAGACCCCUAUCAGAGUUUUAUUACAGUAAGGGCACACCAUUGAGUCGUACGGCAGCAUUUUUCAGACAAUGACCGAUCCCCGAGAUGAAAGCAACGAUGGAACAAGCAGCGGUACCGGUGAUGAUGACGAGGAGCAGCAGCGGCAACAAAGAGGACGGAAGCCUCCGAGCACCCCGUCGUUUUUGUCUCCCGUUGGGACGACGUCCAGGAAUUAUUCGGUGGCCCUCGACGAAGACGAAAUCAUGGAUUUGUCGUCACCUCUGACACCAACCAUGGGCAUCCAUCCUCCGCUGCACGCUGCUUCCAUCCCACCCAGUCCCGCGAGUCGCGGGAACAACGGAAGAUCCCACAGGAAUGCCAAUGGCGUCGAUCCCGGUCCGAACAGUCCCGAGAGGCGCAGUGUCAACCAUCGGUUUUGGGAAAGCGACUACGAAGCCGAUUACAGGAAUGGCAACAACCAUGCCAGCGACGACGAAGACGACAGCAGCCUUCCGGUGCCCCUCUUGGGUUACGACUACCACCACGAUGAUUCGCACUAUCGUCGCCCUUCCAAUUCCCACCAGCAACGACGCCACCACCGCCUAAACCACGACCAGCACUACCAUUCACACCGACAAAACAGAAAUGCCCCUCCGAAACUGAACGGGCUCAACUAUCUCAACGUCAUCACUUACGUUCUCAACGUCUUCACUUCGUACUUCAUUGGAGUCCAGGGCCUCUUUGGGGUUAUGCCGAAGCGAAGGGAUAUUUUCUUGGAAUACGAAACCCUCGUAACGCCUGCCGACUACGCGUACUACCUUUGGGCGCCGAUCCUGGUCUUUGAGUUUUUCUUCGCUACCGCGCAGCUCUUUCCMCACUAUCGGGCACGGCCGAUCAUACAACAGGGGACCGGCCUGUACUUCUUCUGGGCCUGCAUCAUACAAACCGUGUGGACUGUCUUUUUUGCCAUGCGCUGGUUCAUUUUGAGUUUCGUGGCCGUGGUGCUGGCCCUGCUGUGCCUGGUCUUUUUGCUGGCCAGCCAACACUACAACUGUCUCUGCGUACCGACCGUUCACAGGGGCGGAGGGGGAAUCAUGACGGUGGUCGGAUUCCUGUCGUCGGCGACGGGGGUACCGCGGCAGCGACGCAAGUCCCUGCUCGAGUACUGGCUCUUCCGGUUCCCCUUUUACCUACACUGCGGUUGGUUGCUGGUCUGCACCGUCGUGCAGCUGUCCAUGGCAUUUCGGUACCGCUUCACGGACAGCACCGGGGGGCAGCUGGCGGCCGACAUCGUGGCGCUCGGGGUCCUCCUGCCACCGGGGACCUUUUUUCUGACGGGCCAGUCCUCGGGGCCCGAUUUCGUCAUCCCACUGGUCAUUGUGUGGUCCUACAUUUCGAUCGCCGUAGAGCUCCACACCCCGAGCGAGACGCUGAUAGAACUCUACGGCCACCCGGCAAUCGUGGCCGUUCGGAACGCGUCCUAUGUCUUUACGGGCCUGAUCGGCGUCAUGCUGGUCCCGCGCAUCGUGGUUUGGAUCGCCCAGGAAUUCUGCACCAUCGACGUCGUUGAGCUCGUCGACGACGACGGCGAAGAGGACUACAUCAGCACGACGAUGAACGAGGUUCGCAACGGAGGUGGUGCGGAAAGAGAAGGGGGGUUCUUCCACGGGGUCUCGCUCCGCAUCGACAACGUGGCCGGGGAGGAAAGCGCAUCGCCGCCAUCCACCCACCACCCGGCUGUUGGGGGCUUUGCGGAUGGCAGCGACGACAGUGACGAAAGGGAGGAUCUGCCGCCCCUCUGCACCCGCCGACGAAACGAGGAAUACGUCCUGGACGACGAGGAAUCGGGCGAGGAGGACUUUCAGGAUUGCCGCGAGAUCGACCAUGACGGUGCCGGUGCAAGCGCCGGUGGCAAACACGGAGAAGAGACCCCUACGGAAACAACGGAAGAAGACGUCGUUGAGGAAUGAGGAACUGGACGAGACGAGAUGAGACGACAGAGCUAUGGAUCGAUGGAACGAUUCAAACCUUUGCUUUGCAAAAAUGAUUAAAAAAAUGAAUCGCAGUUUUCAAACAAGCUCGAAGGGUGCAGCUCUAUGUGUAUUGUUGUUUUGAAUAGUUAAGGUGAACGGUAAAUCACGCGAUGCGUCGAUUUCACGAUGCGGUCAUUCAGAUCUAGAAAAAAGUAAUAAAAAACCAAAAACCUA